UAAUUACCUUGGUUGAAUUUAAAAAUCCCCAACUCAGACUCAGACUCCAGUUAAUUCAUUUCUCAGUGUACAUGUAACACCAGAGGACAGAGAAUGAAGGAAAUACCACUGUCUGUCAUUAUUGUACUACACAUCUGGUCCUACGGUGUUAAAGCUCAAGAAUCUGGAAAAGGCUGCCAAAGACCCCAACUGGACAAUGGCUUUGUUGACCCGGAGCAGAACAUGUACCAGGAUGGCAUGACUUUGACUUAUGCCUGUGAUAAAGGUCUGAAAACACCAAUGGAAGGCUGGUGGGGGAUGAUUACAUGUGAGAAUGGUAGAUGGUCUGAUACUCCUCUGUGUACGGCCAGUCGUUCUUGUGAUGCACCUCCUCAAGUGAACCAUGCAACCGUUGUUCAACAAUAUCAAAACAACUUUAGUAAUGGAUCAAAAGUGGUGUAUAAAUGUAAAAGAUCCUACAUAAUGGAAGGGAAAUCAGAUGUAGUCUGCCUUUUAGGAGAAUGGACCUCAGCCCCCACAUGCAGUGAUGAGGCCUCACCCAAUGUCAGACCCUCUGCCAGACCACAACCUGGUGGUCCAUUUUUACCUGUUGAUAGGUGUGGAGAGAAGCCAACAGUUGAUAAUGGGGAUUUUAUCAGUGACUCUGACAGAAAUCGAAUGGCACUGACCUUCACAUGCAUUAACUAUUAUAAACUUGUGGGCCCAGAGCAAGUGAUGUGUCAUAAUGAUCAAACGUGGUCAGAGCUCCCCAUUUGUAAAGCUCCCUGUACCAUUGACAAAAUGACAUUUGACAUGCUGGAUCUUACAAAAGAUAUGUUUGUGAAGGAAGGAGAGAGUCAGACAUUUCUCUGUAAAGUAACUGAUUAUUAUGAACGACGUCUUGUUGCUGAUGUUCGAUGUCAGAAUGGACGAGGGGAAAUUGGCAGAUGUACAUUGGGCUGCAAACUGGAAAAAAGGGUUAAAUAUUGGCUGGAUCUUACACAGGAUAUGUUUGUAAAGGAAGGACGUCAGACAUGGAACUGUAAACAAACGGAUUACAGGGGUCGUCGUCUUGUUGCAGAUGUUGAAUGUCAGGGAGGAUAUUUAACCGUACGCAGUUGUUACCAGCUAAACUAAUAUUUGGCCUGGUGAAUCAAUGCAACAAACCCAAAGCUGCAGCAAAUCCCCUGGAAGAGAGGACUUCCCACGUUGGCCACCAAUCAAGAUCAUGAUGUGUUUGAUAAAUGUGCUUUUACAUUUGGUUCAUGAUAUGGAAUCUGUCUCAUAACACAGGGGGUUAGUAGGGGAGCAGAGAGGAAAGGAGGCCCACCAUCUUAGGAUAGGAGGCUGUCUGACAAGAUUCAGACAGUCAUUCUGAAUUAUUCAAAAGAAAUGAAAAAUACAUGUUGAACAUAAUAAUGGGAAGGUUGAUGAAACAGUUGAUCAGCAAAACAUUUGAUAUUGAUCCUCUAUUCAUUUAAAGCAGCAAACUACUGGUAGUCAAUGGCAGUCAAAUCAAUAGAAUGUACAGUAUACAAUGGACAUGGAUUCAUGUAGAAAAUGUCAUGGCUUGGAUCUAUAAAAGAGAUAUAAUUAGA